AUGCCAUCGUCUACAUCGAUGAAACUCUGCCUUGUGGCGAUGCUCAUCGCUUCAAUUUGGGCGCAAGACGAUUCUGCCCUCGAAAAGCGGGCGAUGCGCAACGCUUUAGUGCGUUUCGGUCGUGCUGGAGGAAGCAUGCGAAACGCGUUGGUCAGAUUUGGCAAAAGAUCCUCGACAGCUGAUGACGACUAUGCGGCAGCGGUAGCACAGGACAAACGCAACGGCGCACCACAACCAUUCGUUCGAUUCGGGCGAUCUGGACAUCUAGAUCACAUUCACGACAUUCUAUCAACGCUACAAAAGCUGCAGAUGGCCAACUAUUACUGA